GGGUAAAGAAAGAAAAGGGAAAGAAAACGGUGAAGCAAAACGGGGGCAAAGAACGGGCAAAGGUGGAGACAAGGAAGGAAGCCGGCAAUAAAGAGGUAACAAAAGAAGCGGGGAAAGGGGUGAGGAGAGGGAUUAAGCAGGGAACGAGGAAAUGGGGCCCGGGGUUGCCCCGCCGCCGAGGAGGAGUCUCCCGAUCCCUCACAGCGGCGUCCGGAGGGGCGGUCUCUUCCCGCUCCCUCCUAAAUCUCGAGGAAACGAAACCGCGGUGCCUCCACCUCCGGCAGCAGCACGCGUGCCCCAGGUGUCGCCGCCGCUGUCCCCGAGCCCGAGAGAUGCAGCAGCAGCUGCCGCCCUACGAGGCGCUGCCGGGGGAGCUGAGCAUGGAGGAGAUGUCCCGGAGCACCACGGUGAUGGUGGAGGAGACGCCGCCGCCGCCGCCGCCCCGGGACCACCUGGUGUGGUCCCUGUUCACCACCCUGUACGGCAACUUCUGCUGCCUCGGCCUCCUGGCGUUCGUCUUCUCCGUCAAGUCCAGGGACCGCAAAGUGCUGGGUGACUACAGCGGGGCCCUGAGCUACGGCUCCACGGCCAAGUACCUGAACAUCACGGCCCUGGUGAUCAACAUCGCCAUCGUCAUCAUCGUCAUCGUCCUGGUCUCCCUGGCUGCCUCCGGGGUCUUCGUCCCCCCCCCUCCCCGGUAUGGGUACGGGUACGGCCCCACCUAAGUGCCCUCCUUACCCCGCGGGCUGUGCUUCCCUCCCCGGCGCCUGCCCGGCCUUGGAGCGACAAUCCACGCCAGUCCACGUGCCUCAGCUGGAGCCUGCUGCUCUCCUGUCCCUGCUCCGUCCCCACUCGGAGCUUCUGUGGAGGCCUUGCUGCUGGCUGCCCUCUCUGGAGCUGUCUGGGGACGGACAGUGCUCCCCAGAGAGCAGCUGAGCACCCCAAGCCUGCCGCAGCCUGCUUGUUGCUUUGCUCUGGGCCUGGAGUCCCAACUGCCUCCAAAUAAUUCUGGUUUCAGAGAAACCCUGGUUCCUGAAAUAAAGGUUUCUUUCACUUUU